CUCCACCUGGGGGGAAGGAGGGGGAAAGCAGGGGUCAAGGGGGCCCCUCAGCCAUGCUGCCCCCAGUCCCUUAUUCUUAGCACCAACCCCCCCCAACCCCGCCGCAAGGACUCACCAGCUCUGGGGGGAACAACUGAACAGAUAUAGGGUUUCCUCUCCCCUUCUUCUCUUCACCCCCAGGCUCUGGGCCACAUGAAGGGCAGCUCCGCUUCACCUACCCAAGGAGAAGGGGGUGCACAGGGGUUCUAUGAGGGUCAUGCCUCUCUUUCUCCCUUCUCCCUAUUAACUACUUAGUAACCACUACCUUGGGGGCUCCUAGUUCUGACUAAUGGCUCUGUGCUGUCAUACCCUCCCAUCUUUCUCUCUAGGUCCGUGGGUUACCCCUCCCUGCCUGCCUUGUUCCUUGUCCGAAGGCUCCACGUGACCCCUCCCCUGACCUCUGGCUGCCAUCUUGCUGCCCUUCCCUUGCCUCGCCCCCCCCCUCACCCUGAGCCCCUCCUCCCAUCCGCACAGCCCGGUGAAUUUCUGCAGCUUCCGUCUCCGGCUUCUCCUCACCAUCCUGACUGCCCCCUCCCUGCUCCUGCCCUCAUCUCUCCGGGCCCCUUGGCCCCUCGUACUCAGCUCCCUGGCCCUCGUCCCUGCUGCCUUUCCCACACCAUGUCCCCUGCCUGGGCUUGAGGGACCUCUGGAGCCCCUUUGCCUCCUAGGCCCCUCCCCCAUGGAGUCUGGGGCAGACAAACCUCUCUGUGACCUCACCACUCAGCCACUGUGACCUGUUUUCCCCAACCUUGCCCGGGAUUUUGUCUCUUAGCUCCUCAGUUCUAGCUCAGUUGUAGCCACCCAGUGGCUCAUGGGAUAUACACAGGACAGGAGAAAUAAAGUGUGAACUACUGGUAGACGAGGCCUUUACUUUCAGGGAGUAGUAGAAGGCUUUUCCACUUGAUUCCCUUUUAGCACUAACUCUGUAGAGAAACACUGGUGAAUUGUUCCUAUCUCAGCAGGUCAGAGCCUCCAGGGGAUUUGUAGCUCAAGGAUACAAACUCAAAAAAAACAAAAACAAAAACAAGUAUAAACUGACAGGCAAGGGGGAAAGGUGACCCUGGUAAUUAGAUCAUCUGUCUCAUGAAAGCGUGCAUCAGAUUAAAGUGGGCACAGCUGAGCAUAAACUCUUUACAGUCUCAGGAAAAAACACCCAAAAGUAGACUGCUUUCCUGGGACAGUAACAUGAUUGCAUGUAUGAAGGGCAACCUAUUAAGGUAGAAGAAAGGGAUAGAUUUACUCUGAAAGCUUAGGAUAUCUCCCAGAGUCUAAGCUAUUAACUUAGUCUUAUAGGAGGAGGGCGGUGACAUGGACGAGAAACAGCAGGAGCUGGGGCUGUGUCUGUCCACAUCGGGGCAGAGGAUCUACACCAAUCCAUCUAAGGAGUAGCUGGCUCUCCCAGGAACUCUGAGGAAUCCACGUCUGGACAACCAGCCCUCAGCUGCAUAGUAUUAUAGACUCAUUCGUUUUCUGUGUUAGCUAACAGACUGCCAACCAUCCAAACUCCCUAGUAAACAGCUAGCUUGGGACAUGUAGGAUGGCAUUUUAAUAAUUCAAUAAAUGUUUAGGAAUGGCAACAACUAUGUGACUUAUGGGAAAGAACUUUCAGCUAUUUGUGGCUAGGCAACUAUUAACCAAUUAAGUGGAUAUUAGGUCCUUAUGCCACUUAACAGGAUGCUAAGAUCUCUCGGCAGACGGAACAAGUAUCAGCAUCUUUCCUUUUGUAUCUGGGUCCCCUUUACCCACCCCAUUUCACCUCGGGAGCCAAAGAAGACGGUGCGAACAGAAAAAAGCCCACCGCAAAAGCUGAUGCAGGGGGAAACUUGGCUUCUAGUGCGAGGUGUCAGUAACUUGCUGUUUGCUCCUGACAGCUCAUCACCUUCCCUCCGCCUCAGUUUCCUCAGUUGUAAAACGGAGGACUUCACCCUAGGUGAGAUGGUCCCUUCUAGACUAACCCCCCAGGUCUGAUCAUCACAGUUCCUGCCCAGGCCCCUCCUUUGGGCAGGGGUUAGGGCGGGCGGUAAUUUUGAGGCUUUCUCGGUCUCUCUUAACUCUACCUCCAGGAGCUGAGCUGGGCCUCUCCAGCCCCUGGGAAGCCACCGGUCCACCCUGACUCCGGAGACUGUCGCGGGGCCUCGGCCGCCGCAGCCGGAAUGGCAUCCACGGUCCCUUCGGCUGCAACGACCCCCUCGCCGGAGUCUCCACCCCCGCGGCGGGUUCUGAUUAGCCACUUCCGACGUGUCUCGGGAUCCCGAUUGGCCCGCCGGGUUCCUGAGCCCGCUUCCUCCUCCUGGAAGCGACUACGGCGGCUCUGAGGAGGGGGAGGGGCAAGGAGGGACGGCCGGUCCCGUCAGUCAGGCAGCGGGAGCCGCCGGGAGCGGAUGGCGGCGGCGGUAGCGGCCCCACUCGCCGCCGGGGGUGAGGAGGCGGCGGCCACGACCUCCGUUCCAGGAUCUCCGGGUCUGCCUGGGAGCCGCAGUGCAGAGCGGGCCCUAGAGGAGGCCGUGGCCACCGGGACCCUGAACCUGUCUAACCGGCGUUUGAAGCACUUCCCCCGGGGCGCGGCCCGCAGCUACGACCUGUCAGACAUCACCCAGGCUGACCUGUCCCGGAACCGGUUCCCCGAGGUGCCAGAGGCAGCGUGCCAGCUGGUGUCCCUGGAGGGCUUGAGCCUCUACCACAAUUGUCUGAGAUGCCUGAACCCAGCCUUGGGGAAUCUCACAGCCCUCACCUACCUCAACCUCAGCCGAAACCAGCUGUCCUCGCUGCCGCCCUACAUCUGCCAGCUGCCCCUGCGUGUGCUCAUUGUCAGCAACAACAGGCUGGGCGCCCUGCCUCCCGACAUCAGCGCCCUGGGGAGCCUGCGACAGCUCGACGUGAGCAGCAAUGAGUUGCAAUCCCUCCCUGCAGAGCUGUGCGGCCUCCCUUCCCUGCGGGAUCUCAAUGUUCGGAGAAACCAGCUCAGCACCCUGCCUGAUGAGCUGGGGGACCUUCCUCUUGUCCGCCUGGAUUUCUCCUGUAACCGUGUCUCCCGCAUCCCGGUCUCCUUCUGCCGCCUCAGGCACCUGCAGGUCAUUCUACUGGACAGCAACCCCCUGCAAAGCCCGCCUGCCCAGAUCUGCCUGAAGGGGAAACUUCACAUCUUCAAGUAUUUGUCAACAGAGGCUGGGCGGCGUGGGGGAUCUGCAGUGGGGGACCUGGCCCCUUCCCGCCCCCCGAGUUUCAGCCCCUGCCCUGCUGAGGACUUGUUUCCGGGACGUCGGUAUGAUGGCGGGCUGGACUCAGGCUUCCACAGCGUUGACAGUGGCAGCAAGAGGUGGUCUGGAAAUGAGUCAACGGAUGAAUUUUCCGAGUUGUCGUUCCGGAUCUCAGAGUUGGCCCGUGAGCCUCGGGGACCCAGGGAGCGGAGGGAGGAUGGCUCUGCUGACGGAGACCCUGAGCAGAUCGACUUCAUCGACAGCCACGUCCCUGGAGAAGACGAAGAGCGAGGUGCUGGUGAGGAGCAGCGGCCACCAGACUCGAGCCCUGUGGCAGGGGACGGGGAGAAGGCACCAAGCAGCAGGCGGGAGGAGCCGGCAGGGGAGGAGCGGCGGCGCCCGGACACUUUGCAGCUGUGGCAGGAGCGCGAGCGGCGGCAGCAGCAGCAGCAGCAGCAGCAGCAGAGCGCGGUGUGGGCGGGGCCCAGGAAGGACAGUUUCCUGAAGUUGGGGGUCAGGGCUGCUGGCGGCAGCGCUGCUGGCGGCAGCGCUGCCACCUCGUCCGCUCAGGCCACCUGCAACAGCACAUCUAAGUCCAGUGCCACCCAGCCGGGAGCUUCGGGAGGGCAGGGAGUCCCUGCCCCCACCCCUGCCUCCACCUCCCAGGAGCCCCUUCCUAUAGCUGGACCAGCGACCGCACCUGCUCCCCGGCCACUCAGCUCCAUUCAGAGACCAAACAGCUUCCUCUUCCGUUCUUCCUCUCAGAGCAGCUCAGGCCCUUCCUCACCAGAUACUGUCUUGAGACCUCGGCGGUCCCCUCAGCUUUUGGACGAAAAGGAGGUGCUGGCUCAGCUGCGCCAGGUGCUUGAGUCCCAGCUGCAGCGGCCCCUGCCCGAGGACCUGGCAGAGGCGCUCGCCAAUGGGGUCGUCCUCUGUCAGCUGGCCAACCAGCUGCGGCCCCGCUCCGUGCCCUUCAUUCAUGUCCCCUCACCUGCUGUGCCAAAACUCAGUGCCCUCAAGUCUCGGAAGAACGUGGAGAGUUUCUUAGAAGCCUGUCGAAAAAUGGGGGUGCCUGAGGCUGACCUGUGCUCGCCCUCGGAUCUCCUCCAGGGCACCGCCCAAGGGCUGUGGACCACCCUGGAGGCUGUGAAGCGGGUGGGGGGCAGGCCCCCCCCGCCCCUCUGGCCCCCCUCUGGUCUGGGCGGCUUCAUCCUCUUCUACGUGGUCCUCAUGCUGCUGCUCUGUGUCGUCUACACUCGGCUCCUGGGUUCCUAGGAUCUGAA